GGACCAGCAGAGUUCUGAUGCUCCCAGUGGUCAGUCUGCCCAUCAUGAUGAGACACAGCUGGACUCCAUAUUUAUGCAAGUGGAGGACAGUAUUUUUACCUUUGUAAAGCAAGAGCUGAAGAAGAUCAGAACGGUCCUGAGCUCAGGUUGCUCAGAAUACUUUGAAGAUCGGAGUGAGGAUGAGGUCAUGCAAGACCAUGAUGAAGAACAGCGGAAAAGCAAAAAGGCAUUAUUUAACAUCACUCUGCACUUUAUGAGGAAGAUGAAGCACGGGGAGCUGGCUGACAACCUGCAGAGAAAACUUUCUGGCACAAUCAUUCAACGCAAACUUAAAUCUUCUCUGAAGAAGAAGUUCCAGUGUGUGUUUGAAGGGAUCACUAAAGCAGGAAACCCAGCUCUUCUGAACCAGAUCUACACAGAGCUCUACAUCACAGAGGGAGGAGGUGGAGAGAUCAAUGAAGAACAUGAGGUCAGACAGAUUGAAACAGCAACCAGGAAACCACAGAAAUCAGAAAAAACAAUCAAACGUCAAGAUAUCUUUAAAAGCCUACCUGGAAGAGAUGAACCAGUGAGAAUGGUGACGACAAAGGGAGUGGCUGGCAUUGGGAAAACAGUUUUAACACAGAAGUUCACUCUGGACUGGGCUGAAGACAAAGCCAACCAGAACAUCCAGUUCAUGUUUCCAUUCACUUUCAGAGAGCUGAAUCUGCUGAAGGACAAAAAGUUUAGCUUGGUGGAACUUGUUCAUCACUUCUUUACCAAAACCAAACAAAUGUCCUGCUUUGAACAAUUCCAGGUUCUGUUCAUCUUUGAUGGUCUGGAUGAGUGCCGACUUCCUCUGGACUUCCAGAAUGAGGAGAUCCUGACUGAUAUUACAGAGUCUGCUUCAGUGGAUGUUCUGCUGACAAACCUCAUCAGGGGAAAACUGCUUCCCUCUGCUUGCAUCUGGAUAACUACCAGACCUGCAGCAGCCAAUCAGAUCCCUCCUGAGUGUGUUGGCAUGGUAACAGAGGUCAGAGGGUUCACUGACCCACAGAAGGAGGAGUACUUUAGGAAGAGGUUCAUAGAUGAGCAGCAGGCCAGCAGGAUUGUGUCCCACAUUAAGACAUCAAGGAGCCUCCACAUCAUGUGCCACAUCCCAAUCUUCUGCUGGAUCACUGCUACGGUUCUGGAGAACAUGUUGGAGAACAGAGAGGGAGGAGAGCUGCCCAGAACCCUCACUGAGAUGUACAUCCACUUUUUGGUGGUUCAGACCAAGGUCAAGAACGUCAAGUUUGAUGGAGGAGCUGAGACUGAUCCCCACUGGAAUCCAGAAAACAAGAAAAUAAUAAAGUCUCUGGGAAAACUGGCUUUUGAUCAGCUGCAGAAAGGAAACCUGAUCUUCUAUGAUUCAGACCUGAUAGAGUGUGGCAUCGAUAUCAGAGCAGCAGCAGUGACUUCAGGACUGUUCACACAGAUAUUUAAAGAGGAGAGAGGGCUGUACCAGGACAGGGUUUUCUGCUUUGUCCAUCUGAGUGUUCAAGAGUUUCUGGCUGCUCUUCACGUUCAUCUGACCUAUGUCAACUCUGGUGUCAAUCUGAUUGAUGAAAAUCACAGGUCCUUGUUUUGGUUUAAAUUAUUUAACAAACCACAUCUAGAAUAUCUUCACCAGAGUGCAAUUGACAAGGCGUUACAGAGUCCAAAUGGACAUCUAGACUUGUUCCUCCGCUUUCUCCAGGGUCUGUCCCUGCAGACCAAUCAAAGUCUUUUGAAAGGCCUCCUGAAACCGACAGGAAGUGGAUCACCAACCAACCAUGAAACGGCUGAUUAUAUCAGGAAUAAGAUCAAAGAGAAUCCGUCUACAGAGAAAAGCAUCAAUCUCUUCCACUGUCUGAAUGAACUAAAUGAUCAUUCUCUGGUGGAGGACAUCCAAAAAUCUCUGAGUUCAGGGAGUCUUUCCACAGAUAAACUGUCUCCUGCUCAGUGGUCAGCUCUGGUCUUCAUCUUACUGUCAUCAGGAGAGCUGAAGGAGUUUGACCUAAAGAAAUACUUUGCUUCUGAGGAGGUUCUUCUGAAGCUGCAGCUGGUGGUCAAUGCUUCUCAUAAAGCUUUGUAA